AUGUCCAACAGAUACGAAGAUGUUGUCAGUAUCGAUAUUUCCUCUGUUGUGAUUGAUACUAUGGUUAAGAAAUACUCUGAUCGUCCUCAGCUCAAAUAUUUGAAGAUGGAUGUGCGUGAUAUGAAGGCAUUUGAAGAUGCUUCUUUUGAUGCUGUUAUUGAUAAGGUGUGGGAGCAAUUCGAGGCAAUACUCAACACAAAUGCUUGAGGAAGUUUGGAGGGUCCUCAAGGAUAAAGGAGUCUGUAUCUUGAUUACAUAUGGAGCUCCUAAUUACCGUCUUCGAUUGCUUGCCGAAUCAUGCUCUUGGGCAACCAAACUUCAUGUGAUAGACAAAAGUUUAUCCGAUCAACCGUCAGAAACCCCAAAAUGGGAACUGGCAACACCUCUUCCUCUAGAUGCUGAGGGAAGUUCAGUGGAAUCUGCGAUUGGCAAAAGCCCUGAUGUUCAUUACAUCUAUGUCUGUAUUAAGGAUGAGUCGUUGAAGAUGGAGGCAGACGCACCAUGAAGUCGUGGGAACGUUUUCUUUUUUUUAAAAAAAAAUAUCUUGAGUUCAGGAUUACUCCGUAACUAGAGGACCAAAACUUAAAAUUUUAUUGCCAAUGGUAAAUGUUGGUUUUCUUUA